UAAACUGUCAACACGGAAUGUAUACCGCGCUCCUAUCUCUAACAAGGCCAGUAGGUCAUGGCAGUGGUGUUCACGUUGGUUCCACGCGUAUCGAGGUCAUACUAUUUUAGAGUUAGUUUAACAUGGCUGCCAAGGUUCACCCUGCGAAGGAACUGAAUACGAUUGCGGAGAAACUCGGGUGUGACGUCUCAGAUCUGGAGUUUGCUCAGUACAUGGACGAACACGAUGAACUGCGUCAUCUACGAAAUGAAUUCUUCUACCCAAAAAUGAAGGACCUUAAUCACACUGACACAUCUAUAGUGGACCCUGAAGAGGACUGUGUGUAUUUCUGCGGGAACUCGCUCGGGCUGUGUCCCAGAAAGACCAAACAGUACAUGGACGUGGAGAUCGACAAGUGGUCCAAGCUAGGUGUACAGGGCCACAGGGCAGGUGAACUUCCGUGGGCGUUUUGUGAUGAAUGUUUAGAUGGCAAUAUGGCACAGUUUGUUGGAGGGAAGAAAGGUGAAGUAGCCAUCAUGAAUGGGUUAACCGUGAAUCUUCAUCUGUUGUUGAUUUCAUUUUAUCGCCCAACAAAAUCUCGACACAAAAUAAUGUGUGAAGGCAAGGCAUUUCCAUCAGAUCACUAUGCAUUCCAAAGUCAAAUCGAAAUGCACGGUUUUGACCCAAAAACCAGUCUGCUGUGUCUGGAACCAAGGGAGGGGGAGGUAACUCUUCGCACUGAAGACAUCGUGAAGACGAUCGAGGAAGAAGGCGACAGUAUCGCAGUUAUCUGUCUGUCUGGUGUCCAGUACUACACUGGUCAGCUGUUUGACGUUGCGUCCAUCACGGCAGCCGGUCAGGCUAAGGGUUGCUAUGUCGGCUGGGAUCUGGCUCACGCUGUAGGAAAUGUACCCCUCGCCAUGCAUGACUGGGGAGUAGACUUCGCCUGCUGGUGCUCUUAUAAGUAUCUGUGUGCGAGUGCGGGCGGACUAGCUGGUGCGUUUCUUCACGAGAAACACAGUCUGAACGACUUCCCCAAGUUACUAGGAUGGUGGGGACACCGCAUAGACACCCGAUUUGACAUGGAUAACCAAUUGGAUCUGAGUGCUGGUAUCUAUGGUUACCGAGUUUCAAAUCCUGCUGGUCUCCUGUGCCCUCCACUUAAAGCCAGUUUCGAGAUUUUCAACAAAACAACAAUGGAGGAUCUACGCAAGAAAUCAAAACUUCUGACCGGCUACCUCGAACUGCUGAUCAACCAGAAAUACAAGCGGCCAACAGACGGAUCAAAGUCUGUACAGGAUGAGCUGUAUAUUGAAAUACUGACUCCUGCCGACCCAGAGCAACGCGGUGCACAACUCUCCUUAAAAUUCAGCGUCGACAUCCACGUGAUAAGUGAUGAACUUCAGAAACGGGGAGUAAUUUGUGACAAGCGACUGCCCCAUGUGAUACGAGUGGCCCCGGUUCCGAUCUACUGCUCGUUCCAAGACGUCCACCGCUUUAUGAAAUACGUCAGACAGUCCAUUGUUGCGGCUAAACAAUAAAAUAACUGCUGCUUAAAAGAGACGUUCUGUGUCAAUCUAGACAAACUCUACUUGAUGUGCAGUGCACGUCAUACUGUAUCAUUGUUGUAUAUGUCAGUAUACUAAGAUACAGGAUAUUUUAUGUUAUGUUAUUUUAUGUGUUAUAUAAAGCCAUAUUGGAUUAUUUUGCAUGCAUUUUAAAAUAAGGGGUAUUUUAUGUGUUAUAUAAAGCCAUAUUGGAUUAUUUUGCAUGCAUUUUAAAAUAAGGGACAUUUUAUGUUAUAUAUAUAGCAAUACUGGAUACUUUUUAUGUGACUGCAUUUUAAAAUAAGGGACAUAUUAUGGUGCUGUCUCUCUGUGUUUUUGUCUGAUAAAUGUAGGUAGUAUUUUGUUCUUAUGGAGUUUUUCUUCCACAUAACGUUUUUCUUUUACAUCCUUCAACAUUUUAAAGAUCAACUUUAUAAUAAAGUUAUGAGCUAUGAGCUGCACAGUUUCAAUCUAUUUUACUGUUUACUUUGUUUUCCCAAUUCUGAGUAAAAUGUAACGCUUCUUACAAAAUGUUAAACAUUCAAAACCUUAGUUCAAGAAGAAGGAUGACAUUGUUAUCCAUACAUGUAUGUGAUGUCAUUCUUGGUCACUGUUUAUAUAUGUAUGUGAUGUCAUUCUUGGUCACUGUUUAUAUAUGUAUGUGAUGUCAUUCUUGGUCACUGUUUAUACAUGUAUGU